AUGGAGGAGUCAAGCGAGAGGCCAGUCCGGUUAAGGGAAUACGAGAUCCCAGAAUAUUCGUGGACUGGAGUGGUAGAUAUCUCGAUGGUGGAUGACGACAUGACAAUCAUAUCCAUUUCACGAGAAGACCGUGCCGCAAAAUAUCAACAAAUGAUUGAGGAGAUGAAACAAGAGUCGUUGCGGUGGCUUGAGAUCCGCGACUUUUUUUCCUCCGACCGCGAAAUUUGA